CAGGUAUUGGUGUAAAUUAUGGGGUAAUGAAAUAUUUUCUUAAAUGUUGCAAUUAAUUAAUUGUUAUUUUACAAUUAUUUAAUAAUUAUUAAUAAGUCACUUAGCCUUGGUUUCAUGCUUAAGGCUAGUCUAAGACUAAAAUGCAUAUUUAAGCUGUCUCAACUUUCUCUGACUUGUCUCAAAAUAUGUAAUUUCCAUUGUAAUGGGGUUUUUUUCUAAGGCAUUUUUAUGAAGGCUGAUUAAAUAUUUUAAUUUAAUUAACUAAAAAUCUAAAUCAAAAUGAAAAUAUAAAAAUAUUUUUAAAAAGUAAUUCCAAAUGUAACAAUGUUCAACAUACAGCACUUUUGUGCUAUUGGCGUCCCGAGUUCAAAUCCGGACUUGUGGAGUUUUUCUGAUCCCUCUCCCAUAUCAUAGCACUUCACUUCCUGUCAUAUCAGAUAUGAUUCCUGUCUUGUCAUGACAGAUGCAAAAAAGCCAAAAAUAACUCUUAAAAAAUCAGUUAAAGAAUAAAUAUUCUAGUCGUAUAUGAGUAUCUUAAAGUAACACUUUCUAAAAUGUUUUAAAAUUAGAUAUCUAGAGCUUUAAAAUGUUUGUGGAUAUAGUUCAGAUAAUUUGGUUUUGAAAGAGUUCGUAUUGAAAUAAUUGAGACCACAGGAAUAAAAUCCUAAAACGUAUAAGCAAUUUGUUCUAAUUUACUGUUUCAAGGAACAUUUGUGUCAUUCGAGACAUUUUUCCUUCCCAUAGGAGUUGCACUUCAGUGAAUCUUAUAAACAGUACAAGUCUGGCUUGAUAGAUCAGCUCACAACUUUGCCAGGCAGAUUUAACGAUCCUAAAUUAGACACAAAUGAGACAUUACAGCAUGAGUACAGAGCUAUAAAACCGUAGUAGAACGCUUAGUCUGGAUAAUUGUUUUUUGAUGAGAAGCAUGUGAGCUCUCUGACCUUUGGUGUUGUCCCAGUAAGCUUAGUUUGAGACAUAAUUGACAUUGACAUCUAUUCGGAAACACUUUACUGGGAUCAUUUCUCUUGAGAACAAUCUGAAAAAAGUCAGUUUGCUUGCCAUUGAAUGUAACCUGCUGUCUGAGAGAAGACAGGUAUUAAUAAGAUCUCCUCUGGGGUUUUUCCUUCAGAUUCUGAGAUUGCAUACCAGAGACUCUAAUAAACAACUUACUUGAUAGAUUAGUUCAGGAGCUGGCCAGCCAGUUGUAACGAUGCUGAAUUAUUUAUAGGGUGAACGCGUCAAGCUCAUUUAUGCUUGCGCUGAUCUUCCCUCUUUCGUGCUGGAAGGAAAAGAGACAAUACCUUAGAGAUGCUUGGAGUCAGAAGGUUGCAUUUUAUAACAUUUUUCCCCCCCUUGUCUUUCUUCUGCUAAAGCCAAAUCCAUUUGCACUCUGCCGAGAGAGUUUUGCUUCACAGGGCAGGUGAGAAAGAUGCAGAAGGGAGGGGGAUUGUUCUGUGUUAGCCCAGCAUUGGAUGUUUCGAGAGAGGGAGUGGACCGUGUCUUUCUCUCUCUCCUCCUCUCUCUUUCUCUGUCUCCAUCACUAUGGAGUUGAGGCGAGGAAACCACACAGCCACUGGAAGCAUGCGUGAGCUCAGGGUGCUUAAACAAAAGGCACACUAUCUAUCACCCACUAUAUCAUUCCGUGGACUUGCACUACCAUUACAGUGAUGAGCGUAAGAGAGAGAGGCUGAGCGGGACACGUUACCAAGGAGACUACAAUGAUGAAAUGCACUAGCGUCUCGUUUUCCAUGUUUCCUGAAGUCUGAAGGAACUUAAAAGCUGUUAUGCCAGGCUCUGCCACUCAGGAGAACAUCAUGAAGAGGAAAAUGAUAUAUGAUGUAUAUGUCAGUCGGCAGACAGCUGUAAAGCCAGGACUCUGAUGGAGGCCAGCAGAUGGGAUGGGAGACGAUCUCUCUCAGGGGAGAUAUGUUCAGGGAAGUGCAGUGCUAAGCAAAAAUCAAAUCACUUGUGUUCACUUUUCUUUUUCUUUUUUUUUUGGAGGGAAAAUCCAAAGUUUUGAGUUGAUUACAGCGCUGCCUCUGACAAACACUGACAAAACACCAUAGGGUUUUUUUGGUACAAAUGUAAACAAAAUGUUCUUAAUAUCCAAUAUCGAUAGGUAUUUAUAUUUCCAUAAAUGGACACGCCCAAUGACAACAAUCUGUUUUCCCUACUGUUGAGUUAUCUCAUGAUGGCAAUGGGCUUUAUUUAUUCAAUAUUUAUUCAGUCCAGUAACAGAAUUUAAAAUCAUUGUUUUUCAUUUGAAUAUAUUUUAAAAUAUAAUUUAUUCCAUGGUUGGCGAAGCUGAAUUUUCAGCAUCACUAUUGCAGUCUUCAGCUCCGUCUGAUUGGAUUUUUCUUUAAUUGAAAUUGAAAUUGCAAAAUGUUCUGUUUUUGAAUCAUUUAAAAUUAUUCAUUUUAAAAUUGCUCUGCAAAUGGAAGAUGACUCAGUGAUAUGUAAUUGAACUGAUUGCAUUGCAGCCCAUUUUGGACAGGACAGUCUCAGAGAAUCUCUUCUGGUUAAAAUAAAAUAUUAGUACUUAAUAUUUCAGUAGAAUCUGUAACACGUUUUAAAUUCUUCGAUAAAUAGAAAGUAAAAUGACAGCAAAUGUCUUUACGUUUUAUGAAUUUAAUACCGAAAAUGUCUACAUCAUACUGACCUCAAACAGUUUUAUCGUUGCUAAAACUGUAUGCUUUACCGUCCUUAAUAUCCAUAAUUAAAUGAUUUAGCAUUCACAUUUAGUAUUGUUCUUUCCCUGCUGUCCACGACCCUGUCGGUGACCCUCCAUGUGAGAACCACUGCCCUACAGCACACACAACGUUUUAUCCAUUGACCACAUUAAUAUUUAUAGAAGCUUUCCUAGGUUUCGUGCUGAUGCUUGUUUACAGCGGCGGAUUGGAGAGAAUGCUGCAUAGUGAGAACACUCACCAACAACAGAUUAAUCUACCUUAAUACCUUAGAAAAAACCACCAAGCAUAUAAGCAAAGCUCUUUUUUAAAAAGCCAUUCUUCUAUGUAAUAGAAUUCGGGAGGAAAUUUGACAGAGACGCUCUAUCAUUCUCUAGGCUAGGAAAGGAUUCCGAAGCAGAGAAGUAGAAUUUUGAAUACAAUAAAUCUUGACCCUGCAAAUUUAAGCUGUCGGAAACCAGUCGGAAACCCUAUAUUAAUAAUUGAAACAAAUAAGUCGAGACAAAGUUAUCUAAAACCCGGAAUGUGUAAUCGGCAGAGCUCUCUUUGUAUGUCUUAUGCAGUCCCAGCAGAAAUGUAUUGCUGUGUUUGCACUGGUUUGCUGCUUUGCUGUCCUGGUGGCUCUAAUUUUCUCUGCUGUGGAUAUCUGGGGAGAGGAUGAGGAUGGUGUCACUGAGGAGAACUGCAGCAAAAAUUGUCGCAUUGUCCUUGUGGAGAACAUCCCAGGAGAGCUGUCAAUCAACCCCAAUAGUUCAACCCAUCUCCCGCUUGCCAUGGGUCUCAACCACCUUUUGGACCAAGCAAAACUGUCAGUUGAGAUAGUGUCACCAUACUGGGCUCUGACCUCCACUGAUCAGGGGUCACGGCUUUAUUCUUCCUAUCAGGGCCAGUAUUUGUUUCAGAGAUUGUUGAGCCUGAAGUCCCGAGGUGUCAAAUUAAAGAUCGUCAGUGACCAGCCCAACUCCAUUGAGCUGAAGAGCAUGUCUGACCGCUAUGCAGAAGUGCACUACGUCAACAUGACAGCCCUCACCAGAGGAAGACUGCUUUCCUCCUUUUGGGUGGUGGACAGGAAGCACAUAUACAUUGGCAGUGCUGGAAUGAACUGGAAAGCGCUGGCCAAGCUGAAGGAGCUGGGAGUAAUAGUGUACGACUGUAGUUGUUUGGCUUUGGACCUGCACAGGAUCUUCUCUUUCUACUGGCAGCUUCAGUACAGGGACUACAUCCCUUCAAUCUGGUCCAAGAGAGUCACGGCCGUGUUCAGCAGAGACGAGCCGCUUCAGCUCAGACUCAACAAUACAGAUGCUUCUGCCUAUGUGUCGACAUCACCAGAGCUGUUUUGCCCCAAGGGUCGAAGUAGAGAUUUAGAUGCCAUACGACAUGUGAUCCGAGAAGCCAAGAGAUUCAUCUACAUUUCUGUAACUGAUUACCUGCCCUUAGUCAACCGCAGCUUCAGAGGAACACCGAUCAUACGGUACUGGUCCCCAAUAGACGAGAUGCUCCGAGAGGCCGCAGUACUGAGAGAGGUCAAAGUUCGUCUCUUAAUCAGUCUGUGGACACGCACACAUCCACUGACCUUUAACUUCAUGACAUCAAUGCAGGCUCUAUGUACAGGACUGCCAGCCUGCUCUGUAGAAGUGAGAUUUUACAGAGGCAAAGAGCAGAUGGGAGGAUUUCAGCACAGGAUAAAUGAGAAUAAAUUUAUGGUGACGGACAACACAGCAUACAUCGGGAAUCUGGACUGGGUUGGCAGUGAGUUGGCUUUCAACGCAGGAGCAGGGCUGGUGAUUCAAGAAUCAGAGAACCAGCAGGAAGGGCAGGACUCGAUUGUAGAGCAGCUGACUGCUGCUUUUGAAAGAGACUGGUUUUCACCCUACACAAUAAGCCUGCUCUCUGGCAGCAUGAUCCUUCAGGAGAGCCAACACGGGAGGCAGAAACUGCAAGCUCUAAAGACAAAACUAGAGAGCAGGGAGCAUGAGUGAGCGGCACCAAUUUCUCUCUGAAGCGGGACCAAUAAGCCAAGGACUUUGUGCCUCAGAACAUCUGCGCCAUGACUUUUACCAUUUGAAUUUUCAAAUGCCGUCAAUUGAACGGAAUAAUAAUCUCUGAAGGACUUCUGUGAAGGAAAAGACGUUUGCGUAUGCUUUCUUUUUUAAAACGACAGUACAGCACUUUCAAAGAAAUAUUGUAAACCGUUAUAUAAUGCAUGCUCGUUUGGAUGAGAAACACUCGGUACCAUUAACUGAGAACUGAGGAAAUCAUUUACUCCAAUGUUUAGGCUUUUCUUGUUUUAAAACCAAAUCAUUCAGAGAAAAUACAAAAAUGGAAAAAAGACAUUGCAAAAAUUUUAUAAUCACUGUGUAUAUUACUUUUCUCAAGAUGUUCAUUAGUCAUCCUUUUUUAAAAUCAAGCACAUUUUUACUAAUAGACAUUUUGGAAAAAUCCGCAAUUAUGCGGCCUCAUACUGUAGCUUUCAUGACUUUCUGAUUGACUAGAUAUUAUGGUACAUCUGACACUGUGUAUAUAUAUAUAAAAUGUUUACAUGAUGCAGCAUGCACAGCCUUGAAGUAAUGUACAAUCAUACGCACAAGAAGAGACUGUUUUUCUAACUUAAGCUUACACCCUUUAAAUGUAGCUUUAUGGAGUAGCUUUAAUAUGUAGCUUUAUAUCAUCCUUUAACUGACUGUUUCAAUGGAACAGUAAUGUUUUUAUUAAACAGUCGCUACUGAUCGCUGAUCUUACUAAAUACAGGCCAUAUAUGUUGCAUUUCUCAGUAGUUUGUGGCCUGAUGCUUUAGCAUGUUUUGCCUUAUAUACUGUAUGUAUGCUGAUGUUGCUUUUUGGAUGACUACCUCCUAUGAUACAAUGCAUCUACAUACAAUCGUGUAUAAUGAAACCGCAUAGGUCAUAUAUAAUAAACUGAAUUAUAGCCCUAUGUACACAAGAUAUUGAUUUUCUUACAUGGAAUGCUCAAUUUCUGAAGUGAUUAAAUGUAUAGCACCUUAACUGACUGUUAUAAUUAAAUAUUAAAGAGUUCAUUAAAAAU